AUGGAAAGGCUCACUGCUUAUGUAGAGGCUCUGGUGGCUGCGCAGAAUCAGUCAUCACCGACUCUAUCCAUUAAAGCUCAGAAUACUGUAAUCUCGAAAAUUGUUAUUGCCCUCACCUAUGUAGUACAAGUGAGUUCCCCGCAGUACCAAAUGCCAAAUGGAUACCCUUGGGGUAUGCCCCUGAAUUUUACACCAGAAGGUUGCCAGCCUGGUGCACAACCUACGACGUUUGUUCCUACACCAAUUAUGUUCGUUCCUGCUCUAGUGGUGCAUACUGUACCACAUAUCAACGAGCCUAUUUUCCAUGCAGAAGCAUCUGAAGGAUUGGGUGUUUGUGAAAGGUUAGAUGACUUUGAAGACCAAUUUCAAGAAAUGCAGAGGAAGAUCAAGGCCCUUAGAGGAAAUGACCUAUUUGAGAAGAAUGCCCAUGAUCUGUGUCUAGCACAAAAUAAGAAGAUACCAACCAAAUUCAAAUUACCUGAAUUUAAGAAAUACAAAGGAAAUUCUUGUACCCACAUCCAUCUCACUAUGUAUUCUAAGAGGAUGUCCGCCGAGAAAGACAACGAUCAGUUGUUGAUUCAUUACUUCAAAGACAGUUUGACAGGUGCUGCGAUGAAAUGGUACAUGGGCUUGGAUAACAUGUAG